AUGCUCACAUUUUCCAUGGCGGCCACUGGCAACGACAAUGACAAUGGCAUCAUCUAUAUUCAUGGUGGUGACCUUGAUUUGAAAAUCAUCAAGGUGCGACAGUUGCCGAACAUGGACAUCUUCUCGGAGCAUCUCCGUCACUGCGUAACAUGUGACACUAUCAAAUUCCACUUUGACGAUGUCUCCGCCCACAGUGAAAGCCAGCGGACGUGCCACAAUAGGAGGAUCAUCACGAACGGCCCGUACGUGACGUUCCACAUCCCACUCGCGCAUCCAGUGGUGGAUUUGGAGUUUCGAGUGAAGGACGACGACGUUUUCGGUGCGCAGACGAUGGGAACUGUGAAGAUUCUGGCAUGGCUGAUUGCUACUGGCCAGUUAAUUUUCGACUGGUUUCCUAUCAUUGGACCGUCCGGGAAGCCGGCGAAGCGAGACACAACGUUGCACGUGCAGAUGAAAUUCAUGCCGGUGGAGGAGAAUUUGCUUUACCAGCGAGGCAUUGCAGCGGAUCUGGAGCACUGUGAAGUGAGGAACACGUAUUUUCCAGUGAGAAGGGGGAGUUCAGUAAGGUUGUAUCAAGAAGCGCAAUGUCCCGAAUCUGGAAAAGGGAAGUUACCUGAGGUAAAGCUUGAGAAUGGAGAGGUUUAUAGGCACGGGAAGUGUUGGGAGGGUAUUUGUUAUGCCAUAUCUGAGGCUCAUCACAUGGUGUAUUUGGUGGGUUGGUCGAUUUACCAUAAGGUGAAGCUUGUUAGAGAGCCUACUAGGACGUUCCCACGAGGUGAUUUGACGCUUGGAGAGUUGCUGAAGUGUAAGUCUGAAGAAGGGGUGAGAGUGUUGUUGCUAGUUUGGGAUGAUAAAACUUCGCACGAUAAGAUUUUACUCAAGACGACUCAUGAUGAGGAAACCAGGAAGUUUUUUAAACAUUCUUCAGUAAUGUGUGUUUUGUCGUCUCGGGAUCAUUAUACAGUUGUUCCAGAGGAUGACCCUUCAGUAUGGGUUUCUAGUGAAAAUGAUCCUGAAAACUGGCAUGUUCAG